GAGGCAAAGGCUGUGGGAAGCUAUUCUCAUUCCAUACAAAACCCUCUGAGCAGUCGUUUCGGCCUCUAAAAUUCACAAAAUUCUUAAAAUUCUAAAUUUUUUUCGAAGAAAAUUCAACUAAAAUACGCUAAAAGGACUCAACAUGUGCAACGGAUGUGGAUGCUGCGGACCCUCUCCCUGCCCCAAACGCUACCUUGUGAACAAGGACAACAUGCCCUGUGUUUGGUGCGGGCCGUGCAAGGCCCACUGCUACAACACCCCACCCAAAUGCUGUUGCUAGGGUCUCGCAACCUGUCCUGAUCCGAAUUCUUUCCGCCCUUCGCCUUGCCUCGCGUGUGGAUUUUAAGUGGCUCUGGAAAGCUCUUCAGUUGGGAUGCUGCCAUUUUGGUUGGAGAUUCGAUCGAAACUGGCUUCAAUCAAGACUCAGAAUGCCGAGCAGCUGAUUUCCCGUCAGCCUUCUUGAUUUAAGCUUCCCAUUUUCGGCAUCUGUUUUGGACUGUUUUAGGCAAUAAAUUGAAAUGCAUUGAAUCUUUUAGCA